CCCGCAGUGUCCACAGCCCACCACAGCUCGGCAGUUCGGCCCGCCAGCCGGCGCAGCACCAGCCAGCCCGCCUGCCCGCUGCCGACGGCCCAGCGCCCAGCUGACCGCGCGCCCUCCUGCGAGCGCACGACCGCGCACGGGACGAACAGUGCUUACAACACUGAAGUACGUUCACUUCACAUGGUUUGCGAACUACGUCGCUACGAAUCAUUUCCAACAGAAUUGCAAGUACGUAAUCGCGGGCCAACAUCUGAAUUCCAGUCACGACGAGAGCUUGCGCUGAGUCGAUAUAAAGGCGAGAGCAGCGGCGGUUGUCGAUCGUCCGUUGGUGCGGGCGGCGCGGUGACGGUCGCGAGCGCGAGCGCGGGCGCGGGCGCGUGCGCGGGCGCGACGCGCAUGGCGAGCGCAGGCGCGCAGUUCCGCGGCGGCGCGCAGCAGUGGGCGGCGGCGUAUGCGCCGCAGCCGUGCCGCUACCCGCCGCCGCAGCCGCAGCCCUACGCCGCGGCGCCGAGCCCCUACACGCCGCACCAGUACGGCAGCGGCGCGACGAUGGGCGGCGGGUGCGGCGCAGCGGGCGCGCGCGUGCCCACGGCCGCUUCGCCGGCCAACACGGCGUCGUCGUCGUCCUCCAACACGGGCUCCGCGGGCGGCACGCGCUCCACCAGCCUGAGCACGGCGCCGCCGCCCCCCGCCUCCUCCGCCUCUACUACCGGCGCCGCCGGCGAGCAGCUCAGCCGCACCAACCUCUACAUCCGCGGCCUCAGCCAGAACACCACCGACAAGGACCUAGUCCAAAUGUGCCAGAUGUACGGCAACAUUAUCUCAACAAAAGCAAUACUGGAUAAAAAUACGAAUAAAUGUAAAGGUUACGGUUUUGUAGAUUUUGAGACAAUCGCAUCGGCGGAGGCAGCUGUAAAAGGAUUACAAGCCAAAGGUGUUCAGGCCCAGAUGGCUAAAGUGGGUAUCUGGUUCCUGCGUAGACUGAACCGUCAACAGGAGCAGGACCCGACCAACCUGUACAUGGCCAACUUGCCGCCGCACUUCAAAGAGAAUGACGUGGACCAAUUGCUGGCCAAAUUCGGCCAAGUGGUCUCCACUAGGAUCCUGCGCGACACCCACGGACAUAGCAAAGGGGUCGGGUUCGCACGGAUGGAAUCCCGAGAGAAAUGCGAGCAGAUCAUCCAAAUGUUUAAUGGAAAUCCGAUUCCCGGAGCCAAGGAGCCUCUGCUAGUGAAAUUCGCCGAUGGCGGCAACAAGAAGAAGGCCUUAUAUAACAAACAAAACGACAACAACGGCCGCGCCUGGCGAGACAAUAACGAAUCUAUAACGCAGAUGGAAUUGGUGUUGCAGGCGAUGGGUGUCGGCGGCGUGUACGCCGGCGGCGUGGGCGCGGGCGGCGAGUGCGCGGGCGUGUACCGCGGCGGCGCCGGCGUGUACGGCGUGGCGGCGUUCCACCACCACCCGCAGCUGCACCACCACCACCACGCGGCGCACGCAGCGCACGCGGCCCACGCGGCGCACCCAGCCGCCGCGGCCGCCGCCGCCGCCUGGCUCGCGCCCUACGCCGCGCUCAUCCCGCCCGCGCACCCCGCGCACCACGCCGCGCACCCCGCGCAUCCCACACACAUACCCAUCGACUCCGUGCCUAGCCAAUACGUAAACUGGGACAGCUUAAGGCCGGAAAAUGAAUUAUACUACUUCACGUCGCACCCGUACCAGUACUUCGCGGGCCCGACGCCGCCCAUCAUCCAGAUGCCGAUGGAGAGCGAGCACGCGUCGACGGCGGCGUCGCCGGACGAGGCUUACCAGCCCUACCCGCCCCCCAAGUAGACUAAGCCACGCUACAAUCCGUGCUGUACACGAGCCAAAAAUCAAAGCAACUGUGACUUUUUACAAUGUUAAUUUGUUUUAGUUUUAAUUUGCGGCCGUUAUAGACUUCAUCGAAAGCUGCGCCCGCGACGCUCGUGUCGCGCGCGCCUUCUAGUUGUAAGCCUGAUUAUAGUUUACGCCUCGACUAUUUAUUUCUCGACGGGCUUGUCUCGGAUCCUCUUAGCUUUACGCUGGACGUUCGAUUCGCUGUGAUGUUUUGAUGAGGUCUUUUGACGGUUCGAGGAGAGGAUUUGAUGUAUAGAGAUAGCUGCAAUUUUAAAUGUGUUUUUACAUUAUAAUUUUAUUAUUGUUUUAUGAAAAUUAAAAUUUAAGAUUUUAGGCGCAGGUUUUGAACAUGUUGACAAGAUUAUUUAAGAUAGUUAGGUAUUUAUUUUAGCAUAGUAUAAUUUCAUGAAUUGAACUUUUAAAAUUUUAGUCUCGUCCGUUGGACGUGAGUCAGGAUAAAUUAUUUUUAUUUCAGUGUCAUAUUUAAAACCUAAGAAAACUGAAAUUUUCAUAAGUAUCGGAAAAUAAAACGUUAAUAUCGAACAAAAGUCGUGCAAUCCAAAUAGAUGAUCAGAUUCAUGUAGGUGUAGAUAUUUUAAGUGUUGGUUGGCGAUGUACCUAUGCUUUAUUUGAAAUUUAAAUUUUACAUUUAUCUUCUUGUAGACACCGGGAUAGAAGGCAAGCAAUAUCUGAAGUGGUUGGCUAGAAAGAUAAGUGGAAAUGGUCAUAUCAUGUGGAAUCAAAAAUUUAUACUAACAAAGUUGUAAAGAAUAGAGAAGUGAAGUUAUGUGUAUUGGUAAGGAAGGGUGGACACAUCGAUUAGAUCUUGUACUAUAACCGUCACGCUGGGGAUUUAGAAUCUUCCGUGAUGUAAGUAUUUAUAAAAUACAAUAGAAGAAUAACUAAUAAGUCAUGUUCUAGUUAGACAGUAACAACGGGCAGCUUAUUGAAGCGAGAAAUCAAAUGUUAAGCCGCGGGCCGCGGGCCGCUGCCGCCGCGAGCACGCCGAGCGCGGCCGCGGCUCCUCGGCGUGUUUUGGCAUGGUGCUUUCAUAUUAUUUCCAAAGUGGUACUAUAAACAAUGCAGUAUUAUCUCCACCAUCACAUUCGUACUGGCGCAGUCUUUCAAGGAUCGCUAGUGCAUCAGUCAUUUCAUAGCUUAUCAUUAAAAUUUAUGAAACGACUAAGUUAAAAUUUGAGAUAGGAAACCUCUAGUGCCUGAACAUCUUGGCCACUUGACUUCAACUAUGAUAUAGUUAUAUGGUAAAGAUAGGAUCUAAAUAUAACUGCGAUACCUAUGUAUGUAAAAUGUGUACAUUAUCUUCACCGAACCCAACUUUGUCCACGUAAUUCAGUAUGUAUUUAAUUCAUCACAAUUAGUUUAGUUAUUUUUGUUUGUGUAUAUACCGACUUGGAUGCAAUAACCCGUUCAAUAAGUAAUAACGUCGUUGCCAAACUCAGAUACAGACUGAAUUGAUGUAACUUGCAAUAUUUGUUGUUCCGCUGUGCGCCUAGCGACCGUAGCGACCCUAGUGAUCUCGGCCGAGGCAGACGCGGCGGGUGCGGGAGGGAGCCGCCGGUAGUGACUUCCAUGGUAACGUCUGCGCUUAUAGCACAACGUGCGAUAAUACGGCAACAUUUAGCAAUAAGCAGUUGUAUGUAAAGUCUAUUUAUACAUUUUACGAGUCUAUACAAAUUUUUGUACGUUGAAACUCAUGUUCGAAUACGUGAAUAAUGAAGUGAUCCUUUUUUGAGAAUCAUGUACUGAAUCAUGUGUAGUUGUUAUUUUGUAGGCGGUCGGCACAUUCCACUAGAAAACUUCAAACAAAAAUUCCACGAUUGAUUUCCACAUUAUGAAAUGUAAAGGAUUUGAAAUCCAAAGUGUAACACCGUUUUGGUGUAAAAGAGCACUUUUUGUACCAUCACGUAGGUUUUGGGUACACUUUAUGACUUUAUAUGAAAUUUGAUAUUUUUAUAUUGAAUAUAUAUAAAUUAUACAUGGAUAUGUAUACAUGUAUAUACAUUGUUGAUGGGUACGAGUAAAGCCUACUAUAUCGCAACUGUUUAAUUCUAUUUUGGCACGUCAAGAGUUUCAUCAGAACCAAAGUAUACAAAUCAUUAAAGUCGAGUAAGAAGUAGGAAAAUAUUUUUACAACUCAGGGACUGAAGACUAGUUAAAGUUUGAUAUAUUAACUGUAUUUUAACUGACGAUUAAGCGAUAACCACUUUAUUCAAAACCUGUGAACCUAUGUGGAACUAUACAGGAACUGAGACUAGCUAACGGCAGGUUUUGAAUGAAUACGUAGUGUUGAGCGAAUAAGUAGAUCUGUAUCUAUUUUUUGUUUCAGUUUCAGGAAAAGGCUGAAUUUGUACUGUAUUCCGUAUCUAUUUAGUUUUGGAGUGUUCAUAAAGUUAUCUCGAGGCCGCCACGAGCUGGGAGCGUGUAACUCCGCGGGCGCGGUGGCGGCGCCGCGACGCGGCGCGGAGGGCUAGCUGUAUGCGGUAGUACGGUAGGCUGUCCCGGCUGGCUGCACGAUCGCAAUGUUCACACCACGGUUCCGACGAACUCUUCUCACGUCACAAAGGCUAAUGAAAAGUGAGAUUUUAUUAGUAUUUGAGUAAAACGUACUGAACCAUAAUACUCCGUAGAUCAGUAUUAUACCCGUAUAAUGUCUGAUCAAGCCAAAUUUAUUGAACUGACUAAGAAACCGCCUUUAAUUCUUGUGAAAAUUUAAUAACCAUGAAGUGCAAUGUAGUACCGAGUGUCACGUGGUACUUAGUUAAGUAAUUUGAUCGUUUAGUGUUCGACGUACUCUGUGGCUUCCUGUAAAAGCAGUCUUCCGAUAGGUAUUUCCGCUGAAUUUGCAUUUAAAAUCGAUGUCAACAUAUAAACACAAAUUAUUUACUCGUGUAAGUGUGCACCUCGUUAGUUGAUCGGUUCAACCCACCCUCGAUGUGACCCCCGCACACACCUGGUGUCGCGCUGUGGCUGUGGGUGUCCCCCGGUCACCCGGUCACCCGCGUCCGCAGUUUGAUCUAGUUCGGUUCGUUCCUCGAGUAGGUCCCUUGUUCGUAUCCCCUGCACCGUACCUAGAUUCAGACACCAUUCGAUGUGACUUGUAACAUAGUGUGGCACGGGUCUUGUAUAGAUUCACCUUCAGAGGCAAGAGUAUAUUUAGCACGAAAUUAUUUUUAUAAAGCUUUCCUUCCAUGUCAAGCAAUAAUAUAAUUUGAUGGUAGUGCCUUCAGCUUCCUUAUAAUAAUGAACAAAUAAUAAAUGGAUACAAUAUAGCAGUUGCAUGUGCUUUACACAAUAUUUUUACAGGUAAUAGAGAACUUACCGUAUUCAUAAAACGUAGUGAUAAUGUAAAAACUAUUUGUAUUAACAACUGAAAAAGAUAAUGUGGCUGUCUAAUCGUUGCAUUUUUCACACAUGAUGUAAAAAUCGGGAGUAAAUCGUAGAUGUUCCUAGCAACUCACUUCAACAUUCUUGACAUGUGUGAUACAUACUUCGAGGUUGCGAGGCGUGUGGUGCGAGGCGGUGCACUCGCUGCCUGCACCGACAGAGCACAAAAUGUGUAUUAUUGGGAAUUUUGGGGAACCAAUUCUUAAUACCAAAACAAUGAUUCAACUGCAAAUCAUGUCGAUGAAUAGAAUUGAAGUGUUAAGUAAAUGUUUUUAAAAUUAAGUCGUUAAAUAUAAGAGAACGUUCGACUCGUUUGAAACAGUGAAUAGUGAAGCUAUAGGAACGACGACGAAAUGACGGCUAGUAUGUAGUCCUAGGCUUAACUAUAGAUAGGAUAGAAUAGCAAGAAAUGUUUCGACGCUAAGAGAUAGAUAGAAUAGAGCCGUAGCUGUAAUAUAAUGUGGCGGCGGCGGGCGGCGCGGCGGCCGGCGCUAGGGUAGUCUCCUUUGUUAGUUUAUUAAAUAAUUUAAUUUGAACGGACUGAGCCGCCGCGGCGCCGCUCGCUCGCCCUCUAGCGUAAGGGAGAUCUAAGAAAUUAGUGAACACAUUCUUGAGAUAAGUUUCAGUUGAACAAGUUUGCUUUCACCUCUUUUGUUAUGUAGUUGACUAAGUGUAAAGAAAGAAAUAAAUGAAAAAAAUCUGUCGGAAGUGUCGAUACGAAUGUAUUUGUCCAAUGUGUAUUAAUAUAGUGUGGUGUUCUACCCAGCAGCCUAGUCUAGCUACUAGAAUAGUUUAGAUAACAAUUUAGUUAGGUAGUCUAGAAAUACGAAAUGCAAAAAUAAAAACUUCAUAAAAUGUAAAAAAAAAGAAAUGAAAUUGUUGGUAAGAAAGAAUAUUUUUAAGGGACAUGUUGCUUCGUUGUGUUAUGAUGUGAGGUUUGGCAUAACUAUGAUAAUAGUGUAAAAGCAUUUCUCGCAGAGAAACACGUAGAGGAAAGUUAUGUAUCUAUUUUGUUACAAAGUGUUUGCAAGUUUCUAUAUUGUGCUAUGAGCAUUUUAUGUGACCCGCAUUAUUUAUAGUUAUGCUGAAUGGAAACUAAAAUAAUAUAUAAAAUAAAACAAAAUGGUACUAAGAAGCAUGUUUUAUUGUGACGAGUCAUGUUCCUUUGCAUUGAACAUAUUUUGUAAGAGCAAACGAUUGAAAUAAAACAAGCGAAACCAAAUCUA